AGCAAAUUCAUAUGUAGGAUAGAUUUAUCUAUAAACACAACUGAAACUUGCAAAAACUUAACCAAACAAAAUCUCCUCAAAACAUUCAAAACCCAAGUUUUUCCUUCAAUAGAAACUCCUAAAAGAAUGAAACUUUUUGCUUCAGAAUCAUAUUUACUAAUGAGCUCAGCGACUAGUUUUGAUUUUCUCCUCAAACCCAUUUUUCUUCGUGGGUUUUCUGCAUCAUUACAUGUAGUUUUAUUGCUCUUCUUGUUAGUCUUUUGGGUAGUGAACAGAGUUAAACAUGCUGAUGGGGAAGUUUCAAAGCAGACGUUAAGGCAAAGGAAGUUUUUAUGGUAUAAGCAAACUUUAGCUUGUUGUGUUGUUGUUUCAGCUUUUAACAUUUUCUUGUUUUUGCUAAGUUGUUUUUAUUGGUAUAGAAAUGAUUGGUCUGAGGUAAAGUUAGUGUCUCUUUCUGAUUACGUGGUAAAAAUACUUGCUUGGUGUGCAAUAUGUGUUUAUUUGCAUUAUCAAUUCUCCAAUUCUAGUGAGCAAAAACAGUUCCCCCUUUUGUUGAGGGUAUGGUGGGGGUUUUAUUUUUCAAUAUCAUGUUAUUGUCUUGUUGUAGACGUUCUUCUCUACCAAAACCACGUUUCCUUCCCGAGUCAGUAUAUAGUAUCAGAUGUUUUUUCUGUUGUUACUGGUUUGUUCCUAUGUCUUUUGGGGUUUUUUGCAAGAAAUGAGGGCGAAAAUACCCUCCUUGAGGAGCCCCUCUUGAACGGAGAUUCUAAUGUUAGUAAUGGUGUGGAGUUGAGUAAGAAAAAAGGGGGUGAUACUGUAACCCCAUAUUCCAAUGCUGGUUUUUUCAGCAUUCUUACAUUUUCUUGGAUGGGGCCUCUUAUCGCUGCUGGCAAUAAGAAAACUUUAGACCUUGAGGAUGUUCCUCAGCUAGAUAGCAAUGAUACUGUGGUUGGGGCUUUUCCAAAAUUUAGAAACAGGCUUGAGUCAGCUGAUAGUGAGGGGAGUGGAGUUACAACGCUUAAGCUGGUGAAGGCACUGUUCUUGUUAGCUUGGAAAGAUAUUCUUUGGACGGCUUUGUUUGCGUUCAUGUCCACUGUGGCUUCAUAUGUUGGCCCAUAUCUCAUUGACACUUUUGUUCAGUACCUGAAUGGACAAAGGCAGUUUAAAAAUGAGGGGUAUCUUCUGGUUAUGGCUUUCUUUGUUGCAAAGCUGGUAGAGUGCAUAUCACAGAGGCGCUGGUUUUUUAAGUUGCAGCAAGUUGGACUUAGGCUGAGAGCAGUUCUGGUAGCAAUGAUUUAUAACAAGGGUUUAACCCUUUCAUGCCAGUCAAAGCAGAGCCACACCAGUGGGGAGAUCAUCAAUUUCAUGACUGUUGAUGCAGACAGGGUAGGUGAGUUUAGUUUUUGCAUGCAUGACCUGUGGAUUGCCGCUUUGCAAGUUGCUUUGGCCUUGUUGAUCCUGUUUAAAAACCUUGGGCUAGCAUCCAUUGCAGCUUUUGUUACAACAGUUCUUGUUAUGUUGGUAAAUAUUCCUUUGGGGAAAUUGCUCGAGAAGUUUCAGGACAAGCUGAUGGAGUCAAAAGAUAAAAGGAUGAAGGCAACAUCUGAAAUUUUGAGGAGCAUGAGAAUUCUCAAACUUCAGGGGUGGGAAAUGAAGUUUCUGUCCAAGAUUAUCGGGCUCAGGAAUGUUGAGGAAGGAUGGUUAAAAAGAUUCGUGUAUACCAAUGCCAUCAAUAGUUUUCUUUUCUCUGUUGCACCAUUGUUUGUGUCUGUAACCACAUUUGGUGCUUGUAUUUUUCUAGGAGUUCCACUUGAGUCAGGGAAGAUCCUAUCUGCACUCGCAACAUUCAGGAUUCUUCAAGGGUCAAUCUGCGUUCUUCCUGACACAAUUUCAAUGAUAGCUCAGACAAAGGUGUCUCUUGAUAGAAUUGCUUCAUUCCUUCUGCUUGAUGACUUGCAGUCUGAUGCUAUAGAGAAGCUCCCAAAAGGCAGUUCUGAUACUGCAAUUGAGAUUGUUGAUGGGAAUUUCUCUUGGGAUUUGUCUGCUUCUAUUGCGACACUAAAAGAUAUAAAUUUGAAAGUUUGCCAUGGUAUGAGCGUUGCUGUUUGUGGUACAGUUGGCUCUGGCAAGUCGAGUUUACUUUCCUGUAUUUUGGGGGAAUUACCCAAGAUAUCUGGAACUAUUAAGUUGUGUGGUACAAAGGCCUAUGUUGCUCAGUCGCCUUGGAUACAAAGUGGCACAAUUGAAGAGAACAUAUUGUUUGGUAAGGAGAUGGACAGGGAGAGGUAUGAUAGAGUGCUUGAAGCUUGUACUCUCAAGAAGGAUCUUGAAGUCCUUUCAUUUGGUGAUCAGACAGUUAUUGGCGAGAGGGGGAUUAAUUUGAGUGGUGGACAGAAGCAAAGAAUACAGAUUGCGCGUGCUCUAUACCAAGAUGCUGAUAUCUAUUUGUUUGAUGAUCCUUUCAGUGCAGUGGAUGCUCACACAGGAUCUCAUUUAUUCAAGGAAGUUUUGCUAGGCAUUUUGAGUUCAAGAACAGUGAUUUAUGUCACUCAUCAAGUUGAGUUUUUGCCAGCAGCUGAUCUAAUCUUGGUCAUGAAAGAUGGGAGAAUUAUGCAAGCUGGAAAGUAUAAUGACAUUCUCAAUUCAGGGACUGAGUUUAUGGAACUUGUGGGUGCACAUAAGAAAGCUUUGUCAGCCAUUGAUACUGUUGAAGCAGGACCUCUUUCAGAACAAAUUAUCAGUGAAGGAGAUGGUGCUAUUGGAAGUUCUAAAGGGAAAGUGCUGAAGGAAGGAAACCAAGGUAAUGAGAGUGGUAAAGUAGAAGACAUCGGGCCAAAAGGACAGCUUGUUCAGGAAGAGGAGCGAGAAAAAGGAAAAGUUGGGUUUUCAGUAUAUUGGAAAUAUAUCACAACAGCAUAUGGAGGAGCUCUUGUGCCUUUAGUAUUGCUGGCGAGUAUCCUUUUUCAGUUUUUCCUAAUUGGUAGCAAUUAUUGGAUGGCUUGGGCAUCUCCCGUCUCUGGAGAAGUCAAACCUCGAGUUGGGAGCUUUACACUAAUAAUUGUCUAUUUAGCUUUGGCCAUUGCAAGUGCCUUUUCUGUCCUUGCUAGAGCCAUGUUUAUUAGUACAGCUGGAUACAAAACAGCCACUCUUCUCUUCAAAAAUAUGCAUUUAUGCAUUUUCCGAGCUCCUAUGUCUUUCUUUGAUUCCACACCUAGUGGAAGAAUUCUAAACAGAGCUUCUACAGAUCAAAAUGCAGUGGAUUUGAACAUUCCAUACCAAGUUGCGGGAUUCGCCAUUUCAAUUAUCAAUCUUCUUGGAAUCAUUGUUGUGAUGUCUCAGGUUGCUUGGCAGAUAUUCAUCAUUUUUAUCCCUGUGGUUGCUACCAGCAUUUGGUACCAGCAAUAUUACAUAUCUUCUGCACGAGAACUUGCAAGGUUGGUUGGAAUAUCUAAAGCUCCAGUAAUACAGCAUUUUGCUGAAACGAUUUUAGGAGCAACAACUAUCAGGAGCUUUGAUCAAGAAUCAAGAUUCCAAGAGACAAACAUGAUAUUGACUGACUGCUAUUCUUGUCCAAAAUUUCAUGUUGCUGGUGCAAAGGAAUGGCUGUGCUUCCGCCUGGACAUGUUGUCUUCUAUUACUUUUGCAUUCUGUCUGUUCUUUUUGAUCUCUAUACCAGAUGAAGUUAUUGAUCCGGCCAUUGCGGGGUUAGCUGUGACAUAUGGACUCAAUCUAAAUUUAUUGCAAACUUGGGUAGUAUGGAAUAUUUGCAAUAUGGAGAAUCAAAUAAUAUCUGUUGAGAGAAUGCUUCAGUACAGUAGCAUUCCUAGCGAACCUGCGCUUGUGAUAGAAAGUAAUCGCCCGGAACAUUCUUGGCCAUUUCAUGGAGAAGUUAAUAUUCUUGGUCUGCAGGUGCGAUAUGCCCCACACAUGCCACUGGUCUUGCGAGGCCUGACAUGCACAUUUCUGGGAGGUUUAAAAACUGGCAUUGUAGGGAGAACAGGAAGUGGUAAAUCAACUCUCAUACAAACACUUUUCCGGAUUGUUGAACCUGCGGCAGGCCAGAUUAUAAUUGAUGGUGUCAAUAUCUCAUCAAUUGGACUGCAUGAUUUGCGGUCAAGACUCAGCAUCAUUCCUCAGGAUCCUACCAUGUUUGAAGGGACUGUACGGAGCAACUUAGAUCCUCUUGAAGAGUUCACAGAUGAAGAGAUUUGGGAGGCAUUGGAUAAGUGCCAACUUGGGGAUGAAGUUAGAAACAAGGAAAGCCGGCUAGAUUCUUCGGUUAGUGAGAAUGGAGAUAAUUGGAGCAUGGGGCAAAGGCAGCUGGUCUGUCUGGGCCGUGUGCUGCUCAAGAAAAGUAAGAUCUUAGUGCUUGAUGAAGCUACCGCAUCCGUUGAUACAGCUACUGAUAAUCUGAUUCAGACAACCUUAAGGGAGCACUUUUCUGACUGUACAGUCAUAACAAUUGCCCACCGGAUAACUUCUGUUCUUGAUAGUGAUAUGGUUCUGCUUCUAAGUCAUGGACUUAUUGAAGAAUAUGACUCUCCAGCUAGAUUGCUAGAGAAUAAGUCUUCGUCUUUUGCACAGCUUGUAGCAGAGUACACUGCGAGAUCAGAUUCAAGUUCAGAAAAGCUUGACUGAAUCGGAUGUCUACAAAAACAACUGUUACAUUUGAUUUUCACACUAUAUUAACAAAAGAUUAAUAGGAUGAAGCAAACUUAGUGCUCAUUCUGUAACUCUUCUUAUCUAAGUAAAUAAGAUGUCACACCUCUUUCUACAUUCUUUUUUAUGGUAAGGAGUUAGCAGAUGAAAAAUAGUAUUCAUGUAUGCUAUCAGAACGAAUUUAGGCUAGCAAUUGCUUUCUUAAUAUCAAAAGCUGGAGAAAAUGGAGAGAAUUGGAGCAUGGAUCAGAGACAACAAGUCUGUCUAGUUUGUGUGUGCUACUCUAAGAAAGCAAUAUAGAUAACUCUUAGGCAUCAUUGAGUGUGCUACUUGAUGAAAGCUACUGCAUCAAUGGAUACAACUGUAGAAGACUCUUAGGCAACACCUUUCUGCCUCCACUGUCUCAUGGGAUGACUUCUGUUCUUGAUAGUGGCAUUAUGUUUCGUUUAUUGAGUAGAUGAUUUUAAGUUUAUUUUUUACUUCCUUUGGUACAACAAAAACUUGGUGGAUGGCGUGAAGGUAUAUGAUUCUCCAACAAGGUUGCUGGAGAACAAGUCAUGCUUAUUUUCCAAGCUCAUAAGAGACAACUGAGGGACCAGAUAAAUCAGAAAACAGUACUGUUCUUGAUAGUAUUAAUUUGAAAACAUGUUAAUGUCCCAUGGAUUCCUGUUUCCAGUUUCCAUUUAGAUUUUGUUAUUGUUGUUUCUAACAUAAUAUUGCCGCAACUUAGCACCAAUGAAAGAAAAGGGGAGAAUGAAAAAUCC